ACAGAUUUUGAAAGGAGGUCACACCCCAUUGAACAAGGUGCGAAAACACACAACACACGCACCCAUCCACAACUGGGCGAGCGUCGGAGGGAUGAAGCAGGCUUACAGUCUACCUCGACAGCCAGGUCUUUUACACUCCCCCCCCUGCGGCGGCGGCCCCAAACCGGCUAGUCGCGGCCAUCUGGUUCGGAACGUCAAUCCCUCUGCAGCCAUUCUCGGGGCCUCCUUACGUCCACCGCUACCACAGGACGCACAUGAUGCUCAUCGUGAUAGUACCGGGAAGUCGUGGCAUGAUGCUGUCUUGAUCCCGAGCGAUGAUGAGUCUGAUGCCGAUCUCAACGGUAGCCGAUCCGAUCCACGUCUUUCCCACCGCUUGACAAGGUUCUAGCUGUUCUGCCCCACGAAGCUCAAUCUAACGGCGUUGCCGGUACUGGUGAGGAUGUCACUACCCCUCCCGGUGCUAGUGGCGAUAACAACGUGAAGGAGCCAUCGGCUACCGGUCGAGCGGGCGCGGGCAACAACGGUAAUUCUGUUUGCGCGGGGAGAUCCUGU